AUGUCUAGCAGUAGCAGAGUUCAAUAAGCAAUUUCCUCUUUCUUCUCUAUGUUAGAUAAUCCGCUCAAUUUUGUAAUGAGUGGAAGUUUUUGAAUCUUUGGUUUCAUUUCUGCUGUCUGAUUGCUUCGAAAACAGAAAUUGAUACCUGAUUCGAAGGACGGGUGGAGUGUUCAUUUAACCUAAAGCUCAAUUAUUUAUCGGAAAGCUUUGGGCUCAGCCAACAAUCAUCUCAAUCAUCCUGACAUGGAGGGAGUUCUUCCACAAAGUGAGGAAAAUAUCAACAUUGUCAGUCUGAAUUGUACGGAGAUUAUCGUAAUCCGUCAUGGUGAAACUGAAUGGAAUGCAGAAGGAAGAAUUCAGGGACACUUGGAUGUUGAGCUAAAUGAUAUUGGGAGACAGCAGGCCCAUGCAGUGGCCGACCGACUUUCCAGGGAGCCAAAGAUAUCUGUGGUAUAUUCAUCUGAUUUGAAGCGAGCUUUUGAGACUGCAGAGACAAUAGCAAGUAGCUGUGGAGUUCUUGAGGUUGUUAAAGAUCCAGACCUACGAGAAAGGCAUCUAGGUGAUAUUCAAGGCCUUACUGUGUCUGAAGCAUCUCAAAAAAGUCCAAAUGCAUAUAAAGCAAUGGUAUCUCGCCGAACUGAUCAAGAAAUCCCAGGUGGUGGAGAAAGCCUUGAUCAACUUUUUCAACGCUGCACAUCUUCUUUGCAGAGGAUUGCAGAGAAGCAUAGAGGUAAGCGAGUAGUGGUGGUUACUCAUGGUGGCGUGAUCAGGGCACUUCAUAGACGGGCUUCAUCAAACGGGCGCUCAGUCGGGAAGAUCACAAACACAUCUAUCAAUAUAUUUCACUUGUCUGAGGGCGAUCAUUGGACCAUCAAAGUUUGGGGCGACAUCAGCCAUCUCGACAAGGCAGGAUUCUUGAAGUCCGGAUUUGGCGGUGACAGAAAUUCUGGUUAAUCCAGCUUUUCAAGAGACUUGGAAGGGGUGACAAAUUGGUUUAGAUUUGGAUCCAUUUGUUGAGGCAACAGAGUUCCUAUAUGAGCAUAAUCAGCUAUUGAGUGUAAGUGACAUUUUAGCAAAAUUUAUUUUAUUAUAACAGUUUCUCUGCAGUCUAUACAUUGUUUACUGUCAGCCUCAACAGACAAUAGUAAGUAGUUUUAAUAAAUUUUGACUUUAAUGAGAAUAUAUUCUUUAAAAAUUUAAAUACCCCAGUAUUUAUUUA